CCCUGCUGGCCACUCGGAGGGAGCAGCAGCAAGUUCCUCUCUGGCUUGGCUCCCAGAGGGUGCAUUUAGGAGGGGACAGAGCUCUGCUGCUUUGUGGCUGAGAGAGCCAAACCUGCUGAGUCUGUUCCCUGGCACGCAGUGUGCACGCUGCUCUGUACACAGCGGAAUAAGAUAAAAUAGCUUCCUCCUCCUCAUGUUGCUACCGAAAAACAGCGAUGGGGAAAAAAAUAAUCCUUCAGCCCCUGCCCUGCCUGUGGUGAUAAGAGCAGUGCAAUCCUUCUUUUGACAGAGUCAGGCAAGGCAAUUUCGUUAUUUAGCAAACAAAGCCCUUUCAGAGAUUUCUGCAUCGUGGAUGUUUUCUCGGUGGCUUUGCACCAGAUUUGUUGCAGCAGCAAGGCCAGAGAGUUUGCCUUGACUCCCCUCACUACCAAAAUAAAUGUACAGGGCAGGAUUGUUCCACUGAGCAGCCGUGACUGGGGAGAGAGAAGAAGGAAGGAGAUGGUACGUGCCGACAGCUCUGAACUGAUUGCGGUGAGGAUUGCCAUGUAUGAGAGAGUUCAGGGGGGAAACAGGAGGAAGUCACAGAGGCAGCCGAGGCUCGCAGGAUGGCAAGAGCCAAGCUGAAGAAUUCCCCUUCAGAGAGCAAUUCCCACGUCAAAACUGUCCCACCAGGAACGACAGAAGAUGUCCACGGGGUGAGCCCCUUGUUACCGUCUCGGAGGAUGGGAUCCAUGGGGAGUGAUGUCGGACAAAGGCCUCACGCCGAGGAUUUCAGCGUGGAUUCCUCCUUCUCACAGGUGCAGGUGGAGUUCUACGUGAAUGAAAACACCUUCAAGGAGCGGCUGAAGCUCUUCUUCAUCAAGAACCAGCGAUCCAGCCUGAGGAUCCGGCUCUUCAACUUCUCCCUGAAGCUGCUGACGUGCCUCCUGUACAUCGUCCGCGUCCUGCUCGACAACCCCGAGGAGGGCAUCGGCUGCUGGGAAUGCGAAAAGCAGAAUUACACAGCGUUCAACCAGUCCACGAACAUCAACUGGUCGCACAUCUUUUGGGUGGACAGAAAAACCCCUCUGUGGGCCGUGCAGGUCAGCAUCGCCCUCAUCAGCUUCCUGGAGACCAUGCUGCUCACCUAUCUCAGCUACAAGGGGAACAUCUGGGAACAGAUUUUUCGCAUUUCCUUCGUCCUGGAGAUGAUCAACACGGUGCCGUUCAUCAUCACGAUAUUCUGGCCUCCUUUGCGGAAUUUGUUCAUUCCUGUGUUUCUGAACUGCUGGCUGGCCAAGUACGCCCUGGAGAACAUGAUUAACGAUCUGCACCGAGCCAUCCAAAGGACGCAGUCAGCGAUGUUCAACCAGGUGCUCAUCCUGAUCUGCACCCUCCUGUGUCUCGUUUUCACGGGGACCUGUGGCAUCCAGCAUUUAGAAAGAGCAGGUGAGAAGCUCUCCCUCUUCAAGUCCUUCUAUUUCUGCAUCGUCACCUUUUCCACCGUGGGCUACGGAGAUGUGACACCAAAGAUUUGGCCUUCCCAGCUCCUGGUGGUGAUCAUGAUCUGCGUGGCCCUGGUGGUGCUGCCGCUCCAGUUCGAGGAGCUCGUCUACCUGUGGAUGGAGCGGCAGAAGUCGGGCGGGAACUACAGCCGGCACCGCGCGCAGACCGAGAAGCACGUGGUGCUGUGCGUCAGCUCCCUCAAGAUCGACCUCCUCAUGGACUUCCUCAACGAGUUCUACGCCCACCCGCGCCUGCAGGAUUACUACGUGGUGAUCCUGUGCCCGACGGAGAUGGACAUCCAGGUGCGGCGCGUGCUGCAGAUCCCCCUGUGGUCCCAGAGGGUGAUCUACCUCCAGGGCUCCGCGCUCAAGGACCAGGACCUCAUGAGGGCCAAGAUGGACAAUGGAGAAGCUUGCUUCAUUCUCAGCAGCCGAAACGAGGUGGACAGAACAGCGGCGGACCACCAAACCAUCCUGAGGGCCUGGGCUGUCAAAGACUUCGCUCCAAACUGUCCUCUCUACGUUCAGAUCUUAAAGCCAGAGAACAAAUUUCAUGUCAAGUUUGCCGAUCACGUUGUGUGUGAGGAGGAGUGCAAAUACGCCAUGCUGGCACUGAACUGUGUCUGCCCUGCCACCUCCACCCUCAUCACGCUGCUGGUGCACACCUCCCGUGGCCAGGAGGGCCAGGAGUCCCCGGAGCAGUGGCAGCGGAUGUACGGGCGCUGCUCGGGCAAUGAGGUCUAUCACAUCCGCAUGGGCGACAGCAAAUUCUUCAUGGAGUACGAGGGCAAGAGCUUCACCUACGCCGCCUUCCACGCCCACAAGAAGUACGGUGUCUGCCUGAUCGGCAUCCGCAGGGAGGAGAACAAAAGCAUCCUGCUGAACCCCGGGCCGCGGCACAUCAUGGCAGCGUCGGACACCUGCUUCUACAUCAACAUCACCAAGGAGGAGAACUCUGCCUUCAUCUUCAAGCAGGAGGAGAAGCAGAAGAAGAAGGGAUUUGCGGGCAGGGGCAGCUACGACGGCCCCUCCCGGCUGCCCGUGCACAGCAUCAUCGCCAGCAUGGUGGCCAUGGACCUGCAGAACACCGAGUGCCGCCCUGCCAACAGCAGCAAGCUGGCACUGCCGGCCGAGAACGGCUCGGGCACGCGGCGGCCCAGCAUCGCCCCGGUGCUGGAGCUGGCUGACACCUCCUCCCUGCUGCCCUGUGACCUCCUCAGCGACCAGUCUGAGGACGAGAUGACGCAGUCGGACGAGGAGGGCUCGGCGGUGGUGGAGUACGUGAAGGGCUACCCCCCAAACUCGCCCUACAUCGGGAGCUCCCCCACCCUGUGCCACCUUCUGCCCGAGAAAGCCCCGUUCUGCUGCCUGAGGCUGGACAAGGGCUGCAAGCACAACAGCUUCGAGGACGCCAAAGCCUACGGGUUCAAGAACAAACUGAUCAUCGUUUCCGCGGAGACAGCCGGGAACGGCCUCUACAACUUCAUCGUCCCGCUGCGGGCGUACUACCGCUCCCGCAAGGAGCUCAACCCCAUCGUGCUGCUGCUGGACAACAAGCCUGAGCACCACUUUCUGGAGGCCAUCUGCUGUUUCCCCAUGGUUUACUACAUGGAGGGCACCAUUGACAACCUGGACAGUUUGCUGCAGUGUGGCAUCAUCUACGCUGACAACUUGGUGGUGGUGGACAAGGAGAGCACCAUGAGUGCCGAGGAGGACUACAUGGCAGAUGCCAAGACCAUCGUCAACGUCCAGACCAUGUUCAGGCUCUUCCCCAGCCUCAGCAUUAUCACGGAGCUGACCCACCCCUCCAACAUGAGGUUCAUGCAGUUCAGAGCAAAGGACAGUUACUCUCUGGCCCUUUCCAAACUAGAAAAGAGAGAGCGAGAGAAUGGCUCCAACUUGGCCUUCAUGUUCCGGCUGCCCUUUGCAGCUGGGAGGGUCUUCAGCAUCAGCAUGUUGGACACGCUGCUCUACCAGUCCUUCGUGAAGGAUUACAUGAUCACCAUCACUCGGCUGCUGCUGGGCCUCGACACCACGCCGGGCUCCGGGUACCUCUGUGCGAUGAAGAUCACUGAGGAUGACCUGUGGAUCCGGACGUACGGCCGCCUCUUCCAGAAGCUCUGCUCUUCCAGCGCCGAGAUCCCCAUUGGGAUUUACAGGACGGAGUCGCACAUGUUCGCCACCUCCGAGCCCCACGACAUCCGAGCGCAGUCACAGAUCUCAAUCAAUGUUGAGGACUGCGAGGACACCAAGGACGUCAAGGAGCACUGGGGCAUCAAGACGAGCCACCACCGGAACUCGUGCUCCAGCGACCAGUCGGAGCACCCGCUGCUGCGGCGCAAGAGCAUGCAGUGGGCACGGCGGCUCAGCAGGAAGGGCAACAAGCACUCCAGCAAGACGGCCGAGUGGAUCAGCCAGCAGCGCCUCAGCCUCUACCGGCGCUCCGAGCGGCAGGAGCUGUCCGAGCUCGUCAAAAACCGUAUGAAGCACCUGGGCUUGCCCACCACCGGGUACGAGGAUGUAGCAAAUUUAACAGCCAGUGAUGUGAUGAAUCGGGUAAACCUGGGAUAUUUGCAAGAUGAGAUGAACGACCACCAGAACACCCUGUCCUACGUCCUGAUCAACCCGCCCCCGGACACACGGCUGGAGCUCAACGACAUCGUGUACCUGAUCCGUUCUGACCCGCUGGCCCACGUGGCCAACGAUGGCCACAGCCGCAAGAGCAGCUGCAGCAACAAGCUGGGCUCCUGCAACCCCGAAACACGCGACGAGACCCAGCUGUGAGCGGCCCCCGAGCGCCGGCCCAGGGGAAGGAGAGCACGGCCAGCCCCAGGGAUGGAGAGCAUGGCCAGCCCCGGGGAUGGAUGGAGAGCACGGCCAGCCCUGGGGAUGGAGAGCAUGGCCAGCCCCGGGGAUGGAUGGAGAGCACGGCCAGCCCUGGGGAUGGAUGGAGAGCACGGCCAGCCCCGGGGAUGGAUGGAGAGCACGGCCAGCCCUGGGGAUGGAGAGCACGGCCAGCCCUGGGGAUGGAGAGCACGGCCAGCCCUGGGGAUGGAUGGAGAGCACGGCCAGCCCCGGGGAUGGAGAGCACAGACACGCCACAGCCGGUGGCCGUGCGCCCUGGGAAUUUUAACUUUUUAUACCAAUACCGCAACUAGUGAGAAAGUCUUCGCUGGUGCUGGUGGGACGUGGCUGAGCCCAGAUGUUGGUGGCCCCCGGGGGAGCAGGGCUGUGCUUGGUAUCAGCCCGGAUGGUGCAGGUUGGUGAAGACCAAAAAGAGUAAAACGGCACCAAAACGCUGCUCCUCUUCCUCCUCCUCCUUCGCCAGAUGUCCCCCAGGGUUCCCAAAUUUCUGCUCUUUCACCCAACCCAUGUUCUUCAUCCUCUGCUGGGUUUCUGUUCUGGGUGGCUGUGCCAGGCGCUGAGCAAGGACUCUGGUGGCUGUGGGACACAUGGGAUGGAGGGGACAGGGCACAGCAGGGGCUGCUCUGCCCCAGCCUUGGGGCAUCUCACAGCCCAAAACACGCCAAGCCCAGGGGACAGAACGCUGGGCCAGCUCUGUGGCAGUGCCUCGGAGCUGCAGGUUUGUGUCCCUCUGUGCUGCUGCUGGAGCUGAGCUGCCUGGGGGAUUUGGGGAUGCUUGUCCGGGGAGGACAGUGGUGCUGUGGUGGCUCCACUCGCCCUUUCCCUGCCAGCCAGGGCACUCUGUGGUCCCAGCAGUGUCCUGGCUGUGGCCUGCUGUCCUUCCCCUCCCCGUGGUCACAGCUCGGUGACACCACCAAGGCAGCGGGUUCUGCCUGUGCCCCCUGGCAGCUGCAGCCCCCCAGCUCAGCUCUGUGCCCCCCAUGCCCCAGUUUCCCCCACAGCAGUGGUGCAUGAGCGUCCCCCCAACCUGCAGGGAGCUGGCACCACCACGAACACCAGAGGUGUUCUCCAUCUGCUUUUGCACAUUCUACAUCCAUGUGGAAAGGGUUGAUUUGAUUGCCAGGUGAAAAACUGAGUCGUUUACUUUCUAUACUUUUAGGUUCAUAUCUUACAGUUCUAAUGUGGCCUUUUUUUUUUAUUUUUAGCAAGGAGCUUGUAAAGUACAACAUGGCCAUGAAACCCCAUCAGCUUCCUGCACUCGCUGCCAGCUGAAUGGUUUAUUGCCAUUAACAUUCACUGUUUGCUCCCCAAUGCACCCCAAUCAAUGUUUACAAAGAAAACAAAAUAGAAAACAAGCCAAAACCUGAUUUAAAUGAGUUUUAAAUAGAUGGGGAGAUGCCCCAGCCUGUGGGGACGUGCUGCCCAUCCUGCCUGUGGCCUUGAGGGAGAACAGAGAUGCCCAGUGCCAAGGCUGGCAUUGCCUUGAGAGGGGGUUGAGAGAGACCUGCUGUGCCUGGAUAAGGUUUGGGGUCCUUUUUUCUUUUUUUUAUUGGGGGCUUUUAUUUUUUUUUUAUUGUUGUUUUUUCCUGAAGUGCCAGCCCCUGACUGGUGGCAAUCCCAGGCUCAUGAGGUACCACAGGUAAAAGCAGUGAGUGCACCCCUCCCACCCCGCUGAGCUGUGGGCACAAACUGAACUGUCUUUAAAGCUUUUUUGGGUUGUUUUGAUGGAUUUUUAAUGAUUGGUUUUGGAUCUGUAUGUUUAAGGCAGGCACAAUGUUCUAUUUCUGUUUGCAGCUUCACGUGCCAAAUCUGUCAUUUAAAAAUGGCAAAAAGGAAUUGUAGGCUAAGAAGUGGGUGUGGUUGAAGUACAAAAGGACACAUGGGCUCUGUGCUAACAGGAUGCUCAGUGUGGAGUGUGGCUGGAUUUAAGAGUGUGCAUUUAAUAUGGAUCAUUUUCCAAACCCACUUUGCUUUCAAGGGAGAGUGGAACAAAGUAGUAUUACACAUUAAAAAAAAAAAAAAUUAAACCAGCAAACAAACAAAAGCCCAGAUCCCAAAUAAAACAAAAGAUGUGACUAUUUGAAUAUAUUUACUGAGAACUUUUUUAUUAUUUUUUUUGUUUGCUUGGCUGUGAGCUGUGUGUGAGAGCGCAGGGAAGCGAGUGCAGCUCCUCAGCUCAACCCUCCUAUGGCAAGAAAGUUAAAUUUCUUUUCAAAACCCUUGAUUUAGUUAAAAUUUCACCCCUCCCAGCCCUGGGCACCAGGUCAGCCUUGUGGCCAAAGCCAGGGUCUGUGUUCCAGAGGCUCCACUGGCCGUGGUGUUGGGUCCCCCCACAGCUCCUCCCUGCCCUUAAUCCAAGAGGAAAACGAUCCCAAGAGGAAACCACAUGCCAAAAGGACUGAAGCCUCUGUGUGCUUUGUGAUAUUAUCCAAAUGCCCUUGAUAUUCCUGUAUUUUGACAAUGCUUCUGUUUGUUCAGUGUACAAAAUCCCCGUAUUUGAAACGGAAGCUCCGUGUACAAACCCUCGGGUUCCUUCUCUGGUGUAAAUUUCCAGCCCACCUUCCCAUGGGAUGGGGAAAGCCCUGUAAAUACUCACCUGUGGGCAAUGCAAGGCUGAGAAGCAAGGCUUCAUUUUUCUAAUUCCUUAGCCUCAGUUACAAUACUAAUGUAAAAACAAAAGCAGUUUAUUUUUCUAAUGGUCCUGGAAACGUUGAUGCAGCAACAAAGAGUCGUUCCUGCCGCUGAAAGAGCCCACAAGGAGCUUCCAUGGGAACAGGAGAAUGGCUACUGCUUCCAACCAUGGAAAAAUCCCAUUUUCUGGAGGAAAUAGUUGUGUUCCAAUGCAGAGACCUGGCAGGCCCUGGGGGAUGCAGAAACGAGGACAGCUGGGAUGUUUUGGGGUUUUCCAGCAGCGGCUCCGGCGCAUGUUCCGUGUCCACUAUGGUUUGAUACGCUCAAUAUGGACUAAAUCCACAUAUCCUGCAUUAAACUCAACUACUCCAACCAA